ACAUUUAACCCCUGUGCUUGUUACAUGCUGGGCCCUCACAGUAGCCAGAGAAGAGAAAGAAAAUCUGACUGUCCAUGAGUGAAGAGUGAAAGGGAGAGUGUAGCACCGACCUGAAGGCACCUCUUCAGAGGAAGCCUGACAUUUGAAGAUUUUCUUUCCUGUUGGAGACUCCAAAUAAAUAGGUUAGUGCACAGAGUAAACCUAUGCAUUUUAACGCUAACCUCUACACUAUGUAGUUUUAGUUUUUCUGACAGAACCUAAGUAUGAACUAUUAAAUGAAAGAAAGAGAAGUUAUUUGAGGACUGUUAUUUAAAAUUACCAUGCCUAUGAGAACAAAUUAUGAAAUGGACUUGAUUUAUUACAUCCCUCUCCCCGUGCUCACAUUAGACAAACAGGCAAGGUAAAGAUGGAAAAAUGCAACUGGCUUUGUGGCAUGAAUCUCAACUUUUUAUAUGCCGAAAGGUUUCUUUAUUAAAAUCAGCAAUGUUAGAGACUAUGUGUGUGAUUUUUUUUAAGUGCUGAAUGUAGUGCCAUAAUUUCAUCUCCUUAGAGAAAAGGGACAAAUUAGAGGUGGAUUAUUUUCCCAGAUCUAAAUAUCAAAAUUUUCUUGUUCCUGAUAAAAAUGUGUGCUGUAAAUUACUUUAAGUGAAAAAUCCAUUAUAGAAUUUAUUUUCUGUGUCUACUAUAAUCCUUCUUAAAAGCUCCAUGCUCUCAAGGCUAAAUAGCUCUGUAAAACUGUCCUCAUGGUUCCUUUUGAGAAAUCCAAGGUUUCAGAGAAAUUCCAUGUAAUCUACAUAUGAUCCAGGAUUUUCAAACAAUGAUUAGCAUUGGGCCAUCCAUCUCAAUAGCUAGAAUGUUUAAUAUCUUGUUGAAAAGUGAUGGAAUUCCAAACAACUCACUGAAAACCAGGCUUUGGGGAACCCUGUUCUCAUCCUAUCCAUAUCCAUGAAACUGAUCCAGGAGGAGUCCUAAAUAAUGACCUCAUUUAGUUCAGUUCCAAACAGAAAGUCAACCAUCCCUAAGCAUUUUAGCUGGGAAAGCACACUUUUUAAAAUAUCACUGUUGCCCAACAGCUGGGCUGCCUUUUGAAGGGCACAGAGUACUAUCGGUGCCCUGUGAGUGCCACUAGAGAGACACCACAUCCACCAAACACCACCAAAAGUAACGGAUCAAUUAAGUCACUACCAAGGGCCUUGCUUCUUUCCAACAGCAUCUCCUUAUUUCUAAGAAGAAAGCCAUCACUUCCCCUUAGGAAAGGUUAAAGCUGAAAUAAGUAUCUCUUUACAUAUUUCAGUAGAUAAAGGCCUGCACAAUCAGUUUGGCUAUUACUUUUGAAAAUGUCAGUUUAUUUAGCGUAUCAAUGCUCUUCCUCUAGAUUUAAAAAUAUGUAUGAUGGGUGACAUCACAACACAUCUCAUGUCUCAUUCAUUCAGAUACUUACUGUGCAGUGUCUGUAUAGUCUAAAAAUAAUAUUAAGGCAUUUUUAAGAUCUCUAAAAACACUCUCCCCUGGAUUCCUUUCCUCUCCUUCUCUAUUAAAAGAUCUAUCACUGAGAUGCUAGAUGGUGAGAUAGCAGUUAUCCUGAAGUUCCAAAUUGUAAAAACUGAGAAAGGCAAAAAAAAAAAAAAAGGGAAUGGGGAAUGACUGAUUACUGGCUUGGGUUUCCUCUGAUAUACAGAUUUAUACCCUAUGUUUUACAUGACUUUUUAUUUGUGUUUUGUCUUCUUGCUCUUCUAGAAUAAAACUAUCCAAGAUGACUGUCACUUACUCCAGUAAAGUAGCAAAUGCGACUUUUUUUGGAUUUCAUAGGUUACUCCUCAAGUGGAGAGGCAGCAUCUACAAACUACUGUACAGGGAAUUUAUUGUUUUUGCUGUCCUUUAUACUGCAAUAAGUUUUGUGUACAGAUUGUUACUUACAGGAGCCCAAAAACGUUACUUUGAAAAAUUAUCAAUUUACUGUGACAGAUAUGCUGAACAAAUUCCAGUAACCUUUGUGCUUGGGUUUUAUGUUACUCUGGUAGUGAACCGAUGGUGGAACCAGUUUGUGAAUCUGCCCUGGCCAGACAGGCUGAUGUUCCUCAUCUCCAGCAGUGUUUACGGAAGUGACCAGCAGGGGCGCCUGCUCAGAAGGACGUUGAUGCGUUAUGUAAAUCUCACGUCCCUGCUUAUCUUCCGUUCGGUGAGCACAGCUGUGUACAAGAGGUUUCCAACAAUGGACCACGUGGUGGAAGCAGGUAGUGUGGCUGACAUAAGGACCUCCCAAAUUCUUUUGAAAAUCACUUAUAGUUACUCAUAAGAAAUGUUUAUUGAUUACUUGCUACAUACCAGAAGCAAUCUUAGGAGGUAACGAUUAGUAAGACAUGGUUCUGGCCUCAAGAAGUUUACUUGGGAGGUAGAGGAGAGGAGGCAGCAGAUAGCUUGCUUAAGAUAAAUAUAAUGAUCAUUUUUAUUAAAAUAACCUCUAGUAUUACCUUAUAAUUUUCUAGCAUAUAGUUUAUCUCCUUGUAUGACCAUUUCAUUUGGACCUCAAGAAAAUAGGAAAAAAUAUAAAACAGAUUUAAAGAUGGUACCACCUAUACUAAAUCACACAGCUACAGUGGAAAAGCCAGAAUUAAGACUUAAGCUUGGAACUCCUGUGUUGAUACUUUUCUUAAAGUACAAGUGGAUUCUGGUGGGAAUCAGAAAUGUUGGUUUUCACCUAGGCAGAUGCUAAGCGGUGGCAGUGAGAGCUUGUUUCAGUGUGGCUCUGUUGUCUCUCCUGUGCCUCAAAGUUGAUUCAUUUAUUCUAUCUGGGAUACAGUGUACUGUGAAUAAAUUAUGUGUGAAGGAUGAUUCUCUCAGUGUAUAAAUAUUUAGCAAUAAAGCUGUUAAGCCAGACUUCAUUGGGGUAAUGAUUAAAUGAGAUAAUUCUUGACCCAUACAGACAAUAUAAGAACCAUAAAAUGAGACCAGAUAUGGAGGCUUCCUGCCAUAAGUAAUCCCAGCUACUCGGGAAGUAGAGAUAGGAGAAUCAUGGUUUGGGGCUAGCCCAGGAAAAAGUUAGCAAGAUCUAUCUCAAAAUCAAGCAAGACAUGGUGGAUCAUGUCUAUAAUCCCACUUACUCAGGAGGCAGGGCAGGAGGAUCAAGGUGCAAGGCCAGCACAAGGCAAAAGCUCAA